UGAUCUAUGAUAUGUCAACAUUAUUUUCAAGUACCUUGUUAUCUGUGUUUCAAGUUAAUCAACUAAUUCCGAAAUGAAUGAAUGAAAUGAACAAAACGAAGCCCGAGAGAAUAAAAUAAGUUACUCAGAACUGGCCGACAUUUUUAGUUAUGAAGAUAUUAACGUGAUAUUGACAGCUCCAUUAUGAUUUGGAGUUACUUCUUCUUCCUACUCUGGAUAGCCUAUCUGAUCGCAUCUUCUAUUCUUCUCUUCACCAGGGGGUUCUUAUUAACAAGAGAUACUUUAGAUUUCAAUUCAUCAUGUUCAACCAAUAUAGAAACACAAUGUUCAUCUUCAAAUUCAUUGAGUUCUUACAAUAAUGGAUUCAAUGAAGAGAACCACUCAUGCUCUGAUAUUGAGAAUAUAGAUAAUAUUGUGGCUAAUUUGGAUACUGCUGGAUUAUAUUGUUUACCUGGCAGGGCAAGAGUUAUUCUUUUAAUUAUAGAUGCAUUACGAUAUGACUUCACUGUUUUCGAUCCAAAAAAUAAAAGGCCCCUGCCCUAUCAGAAUAAACUACCCAUUAUUUAUGAAACCCUGAAAUCUAAUCCUGAGAGCUCAAGACUGUUCAAAUUCUUAGCCGAUCCCCCUACUACCACAAUGCAAAGGUUGAAAGCUCUCACUACUGGUAGCUUGCCAACUUUUAUAGAUGCAGGUUCAAACUUUGCGUCUUCAGAGAUUAAAGAAGAUAAUAUUAUAGAUCAGAUGAUAAGAAACCAUAAAAGUAUAAUAUUUAUGGGUGAUGACACUUGGGAUGGAUUAUACCCAGGAAGAUUUAAAAGGAAUUAUCCUUUUCCUUCUUUUGACGUUAAAGAUUUGGAUACAGUGGAUAGAGGAGUUACAGACAAUUUAUUUCAUGAGCUAAAAAGAAAAGAUUGGAGUCUUCUCAUUGGUCAUUAUUUGGGUGUAGAUCAUGCAGGACAUAGGUUUGGGCCCAACCAUCCUGAGAUGAAAAGGAAACUAGAGGAAAUGAAUCUUGUAAUUGAGAAUGUAAUGAAAAAUUUGGAUAAUGACAUGGUUCUGUAUGUAUUAGGAGACCAUGGAAUGACAGUAACAGGUGAUCAUGGUGGAGAAACAGACAACGAAGUUAGCUCAGCCCUCUUCGUCUACUCCAAAAUACCGUUUGCUUCCUCCCAAAGCUCCACAACAACCAAACAAGUUAAUAUAGUACCAACUUUAGCUACUGCGCUCGGCGUCCCUAUACCAUUCCCUAACUUAGGUUCAGUACUGCACGAAGCAUUACCUAUGCUGAAUCACUCUUCAAUACCACAAUGGAAAGUUUCGCUUUUGUCAACGUGGUCCAACAUCGAACAGGUCGUAAAUUAUGUCCGUCAAUAUUCCAAUAUUUCGGAAAUAUUCGAGCCAAGUCGAUUAAAGGGAAUUUUCGAAAAAUACGAGGAUUUGAAUACGAAGAUGUCUGCAGUUAAUGAUGAACAGUCUUUCGAUGAAUUUCAUUCCAAAAGCGUUCAGUUCAUAAAAGAAAUUCGUAACAUGUGUGAAGAAAUUUGGAUCCAGUUCGAUUCGUUCUCUAUAACAAGGGGAUUAUUGCUUCUAUUUUUAACACUGUUCUUUUUGUUUAUCACUGUUGACGGCGUUCCUGCGAAUUACUUGAAGGAAUUAUUUCUGAGUUCGUUUUUAAUGUGUUCAUAUAUCAGUUGCAUGUUGGCGGUAUUCGUUUCUGUGGGAUUAUAUUAUUUUGAAAUUGUCACCAAUCUGGAAUCUUCAAUAUUUUUUUCAACAGGUGUUGUAUCCCAAUUCAUGUUGGCUAUGUUAAUUGUGCAAAAUUGGGAUACUAUAAGUUUAACGUGGUAUUCCAAAAGUAAAAGUAACAAAUUCAUUUCUUCUGUUGGUCGAUUGGUUUUAGCUUUCAACCUUAUAAGUUUAUUUUCAAAUAGUUACAUUGAGGAGGAAGCUUCUUGUCUUUUGUAUUUGUUAAUAACUUUCUCACUCCUUGGAUUGAUGAGUUUCUGCAAAAAUUUAACUAAAGAAAAGAAUACUUCUAAAUGGGGAAAAUAUAAAUUUAUUCUAUUCUCAAUCGCCAUCGCCAUCCUCCUAAGGUUAUCUGUUAAGUAUUGGAAAUGUAGAGAAGAACAAGGUUCUUGCUUCGUUAGAAAUACUGGUACCAACAAAGAGUCUACCAAGUCUGAGUGGGCGAUAGCGUUAGCUUCCCUGGCGCUGUUCGUUACCAUCACCAAGACGUGGCUGAAAAAUUGUGGUAGCUUAAACGACUAUUCAUUAUCCGUAACUCUGGCAAAGUACGCUCCAACAAUUAUGGUAGUAUGUACGGGUGGAUACUGGGUUCUUCACAGGUUUCCAACGAAUUCCAGACAUCAUACAAAGCUAACUUGGAAAGUUGACCAUUUAAUAUGGAUGGUGUAUUCAACCGCACUCAUUGGAAUAACCAGUACAAUCUUACAACCCUUACUAAUCUAUAUUCUACCUCGUAAAUCGGAGGUAACCGUUUCCAAUGAUUCUAACAUUAUACCGCAACUUUUCAAGAAUAUGAAGGUAUUGAUGGAAGAUAAAGAAAAGGCCAAGAAUGAUGUACCAAUUAUUUAUGGACUGGGCACUAUUUUCAGUACACCUUAUAUUACGAUUGGCGUGUAUUUAACUAUCCUAGUAGGACUGCUUCUGGGAGAGACUUCGGCACCGUCUGUUGUAAUAAUGUUCUUGUCGGCCAUGUUUUUAUUGGUCGUCAUAUCGCUGAUGAGAAUUGACAAAGCAACAAAUAUAGAUGACCUGUUUCAAGUACCCAACACAUCAAUAUUGAUAUGGGUUAUAGCAUCUCAUUAUUUCUUUUAUGGAACUGGUCACCAACCAGCCUGGUCAAAUAUUGACUGGAAUGCAGCUUUCAUUGGCACAUCUGGAGUUUUAUCGAACAAAUUCAUUCAAGGCACGCUUGUAGUGCUGAACAUUUUCUGUCCAUACAUUAUUUUAGGAUUUCUUCUACCAAUGCUAGUCAUCACACCAUUCACUUUAUUCAUCAUGAUGCCCUCAGUUCUAAGUAGGAACAAGGAGCUCUAUAAGGAUGUUCUUAAUCAGGGGGAGCUGUUCCUGUUUGAGAAACAUGAAAAUAUGUUCUCAUCUGUACUUGUGGCCAGCUGUAAAUAUCUAGCCUGUCAUGGAAUAAGGGUUUUCGCAACCAUGCUAGCCAGUACAAUCCAUUGUAGACAUCUGAUGGUUUGGAAACUGUUUGCACCAAAAUUCAUAUUUGAGAGUGUUGCAAUGUUCAUUACUUUAAUUUCAGUGAUUGUCGGCUACUUAUUGUUGGUGAGAAUAAACUUGAUGCUGGAAAAGCAAAUUAAUAAACUGAAUAAGCAUAAUAGUUGAUGAAGUGUGAACCAACAUCUACCUCAUGAAGAUAAUAAACCUUAUUCUAGGAAUUUUAA